AUGCCGCUGGGGAGCCCGCUACCACCGCCGCUGCCAAUGCCGCCGCCCCCGCGGCCGUCGCGACUCAGCUGGCCAAGGCCGAGGUGCCUUCCCCGCACCAUCAUGCCAUCCACCGCCGCGGGCAGAGGGCACUGGGCUGCGGCGGCCGGAGCCCGGGCGGCGCGGGGCUGGCCCGGGAGCCAGGGAACGCAGGAGGCUCUUCGGGGCGCGGGGAGGGGCUGCAGCGAGCGCGGGUGGCGGCUCAGGCGGGCUCUGCUGUCAGGCACCUCGGACUCGGCGGCGCACGUGGGCUUCAGGCGUCCAAACCCUGCCAGGCGGCACUUCCCCGCGACGGUGGCCGGGGCAGACGCUUUGGGAUGCAAGACUGCCCCGGGGGCAUCUCCUGCCUCCCGCUCUCGGAAAGCGGCGCCGGCGGCGGCGGCAGGGCCGAGGGUGUGGCCGGUGCUGGCGCGGCCGAGUCAGAGUCGGGCGGGAGCCUGCACUGAUUGCGCACAGCGGCCGGCCCGCUCGCGCUCUCGCCCGCCCGCCACGCCCGGGAGUGCCGGGCGCCGCGGCGGCCCCUUCCCGCCUCGCCGGUUCACAGAGCGCGGCCCGGCGCCCAGGCGGCACGCCCUCCCGGACCGCGCGCUCCGCGGCCCGCCGCUGGCUGUCGGCGUGAGUCCAUCCCGGUUGCCUCGUCUUCCCCUCGGGCCCGCAGCGGCUGAGCUCUCCCGAGACCCCGGGCCCUGCGCAUCGGACGCCGCCGCGCGCGUCUCCCUGGCGGCCCAGCCAACUCAGAAGGACCCCGCGGCGCUGCGGCAAGCCGCCCGGAGCCCGGCUCCUGCCAUUUUUGUCAACCUCCAACUUCCGAGCGAGCCGGGAGAAACUGAAAGGAAGGGCGGGGGCCGAAAGGCAGAGGAGAAAACACCCGCUUCCUCUCCGCGCGCGGCUUCACCUCGGAGCGCGGCCGUGGGUACGCCGCCGCCCGCUCGCUCGCCCGCCCGCCGGGGCUGCUGGAGGCUUUUCCUCUUCCCGUCCGCGCCUCGCCCCCGGGCUCGCCGCCGCCGCCUCGGCCGUAACCUCCCUGGAGCCUAUAGAAAUCUUUUGUGUGGCGUCACCGCCUUUCGUUUAAAUCCCGCUUCCUCCUCUCGCCCUUCCUCCCGCCCCCUCCGCCGCUCCCGGAUGCUUGCGCGAUGCGCUGCUCCUCCCCCGGGAAGCUGGGUGGCUGAAGGAGGACGCCCCCGCCCUGCGCGGACGCUGCCGGCGCCGGGCCGGUGGUCCCGGGCCUCGGCGGUGGUCCUGGGCGGAGAGGCUGGGACGGCGGACGGGAGAGAGGCCCGCCCGGGCCCGGGGCUCGGCACACACCCUUGGGAGACCCGGGCGCAGCCGCCAGUUGGCCUUACAAUCUCAGUUUUGUUUGGGGUGACAAUGGAGACAGCCAGAAGACAGCCUCCCUUAGAAGGCUGGGUUCCAGCCUACAAGAUGUCAGCAGAAGCGUUGUGUGGAACAUUCAAGGAGGCUGCUUAAAGGAAGCUGACUCCCUAAAAAGGUAGGCUCCUUUCGGCCUUCCUUCCUUCCUCCUUCCUCUGGAUGAAAGUCAUCUUGAUGGCUAGGGCUCCAGGGGUCAUUUUGGAACUCGUGACCUUGAGGAUGGACACACAGGCCAGUAGGACAGAGCAGAAUGAGAAAGAGGCUGGGUGCCAGAUGACCAAGGAGCCAAAAUACCAGCCUUAGAUGCUUAGUUUCCAACCACUUCUGUGAAAGAAAAAUUAAACAACAAAGCCAUAUGUCUUGUUUAAGCCACUUUUAUUUUUUUUAAUUCUGUUUUCUGUUAUAUGUAGGCUGUUAAUCCUAUUGAAGCAAGGAAUAUUAGUUUGCUAGGGCUGCCAUAACAAAGUACAGACCAAGUAACAUAAACAACAGAAGUUUAUUUUUUCACUGUGCUGGAGGCUGGAAGUCCCAGCUCAAGAUAUCAGCCAGGUUGGUUUCUUCUGAGACCUCUUUCCUUGGCUUAUAGAUGGUCAUCGUUUCCCUGCGAGUUCACAUGAUCCUCCCUCCAUACAUGACUGUUCAAAUUCCCUUUUUUUUUGGUGGGGCGGGGGUGCACCCAUGCAUAUGGAGGUUCCCAGGCUAGGGGUCGAAUCAGAGCUACAGC